AGAGACGUAAACCACCACCACCACCAGGCAGCUCACAACGACGACAGCAGCGACGAGCUCAUCGAUAGACAGCGACUUGACGACUUCUCGACGCCGCGCAAACCACCACUCUUCGAAAUGUCGUUCAUCGCCCGUCCUUCGCUCCUCCGCGCCGUCGGCACUGCGCCCGCGCUCCGCGCUACCCUUCUCGGCUCGAGGCGCUUCAUCUCGACCGAGAAGCUCAACGAGCUCGAGAACCUCAAGCUCCUCAACGCCCAGCGCGUGCUGCGCCCCCGCUCGCCCGACCUCGCCAUCUACCGUCCCCAGCUGACGUGGGUCGCGUCGGCCGCGCACCGUAUCACGGGCGUGGCGAUCGGCGGCGCCUUCUACGCCGCGGCGCUCGUCUACCUCCUCCACCCCAUCUACCCCGCCAUCGACUCGGCCCACCUCAUCGAGUUUGUCCACGGCCUCCCCACCCUCGUCAAGGGCUCCCUCAAGGCCCUCGUCGCCUUCCCGCUCACCUUCCACUCGUUCAACGGCAUCCGCCACCUCCUGUGGGAUGUUGGAAAGGGCCUCUCCAUCAAGGGCGUCUACACCUCGGGCUACGCCGUCAUUGCGGCCUCGGUCCUCUCGACCCUCUACCUCGCCUUCGGCCUCUAAAACUGACGAUUGACGCGGUCAUGGUGGUGUAUGGGCAGCAAGCCUUGGGCAGCAAAGCCUUUGUAACGGUAGCGAUGCGACGACAUGCAGCAAAGGGGGCCGGGGGCCGCCGUCAGGCGGCCUCACGGGGUAGUGGAAGCGGA